AUCCGAAAGCAUACACUUAGGAUGGGGUUGUGGAAGAGAAGGCCUAGGCUGAGGUAGGUUGAGUCUAAUUUGUUGGGGGAGCUUGAGUCUCUUGCCAGUGGGUUGAGGCUUUUUUCUGUGGGUUGCCAGGAAACAAUUGGGGGUUACAGGGAGUUGCCCAAGGAAGACUUUUCUCGAAGGAUGAAUUUGUCCCCUGGGAGUUGUGUGAAUUGAAGGAGAAGACUGAAUGCAUGCCCACCAUAUAGAAGGGACCUUUUAUGUAAAAAUAAACCAGAGUCAGAGUCGGUGGUUGUUCCUGAAGCCAACCUAACUGAAUUGACAUGAAGCAGAGAGUGAGGAAGAAGAUGAAAUUGAAAUGGAAGUCGAAGACCAGGAUAGCAAAGAAGCGAAAAAACCAAACGUCAUAAAUUUUGACACCAGUCUGCCAACAUCACAUACAUAUCUGGGCGCUGAUAUGGAAGAAUUUCAUGGCAGAACUUUGCACGAUGACGACAGCUGUCAGGUUAUUCCAGUUCUGCCGCAGGUGAUGAUGAUCCUGAUCCCUGGGCAGACCUUACCUCUUCAGCUUUUUCGUCCUCAGGAAGUCAGUAUGGUGCGGACUUUAAUUCAGAAAGACAGGACCUUUGCGGUUCUUGCAUACAGUAAUAUACAGGAGAGGGAAGCACAGUUUGGAACAACAGCAGAGAUAUAUGCCUAUCGAGAAGAACAGGAUUUCGGAAUUGAGAUAGUGAAAGUGAAAGCAAUUGGAAGACAAAGAUUCAAAGUCCUUGAGCUAAGAACACAGUCAGAUGGAAUCCAGCAAGCUAAAGUGCAAAUUCUUCCUGAAUGUGUGUUGCCUUCAACCAUGUCUGCAGUUCAGUUAGAAUCCCUCAAUAAAUGCCAGAUAUUUCCUUCAAAACCUGUCUCAUGGGAAGACCAGUAUUCAUGUAAAUGGUGGCAGAAAUACCAGAAGAGAAAGUUUCAUUGUGCAAAUUUGACUUCAUGGCCUCGCUGGCUAUAUUCCUUAUAUGAUGCUGAAACUUUAAUGGAUAGAAUCAAGAAACAGCUGCGUGAAUGGGAUGAAAAUCUAAAAGAUGAUUCUCUUCCUUCAAAUCCAAUAGAUUUUUCUUACAGAGUAGCUGCUUGUCUUCCUAUUGAUGAUGUAUUAAGGAUUCAGCUCCUUAAAAUUGGUAGUGCCAUCCAACGACUUCGCUGUGAACUAGAUAUUAUGAAUAAAUGUACAUCUCUUUGCUGUAAACAAUGUCAAGAAACAGAAAUAACCACCAAAAAUGAAAUAUUCAGUUUAUCAUUGUGUGGACCGAUGGCAGCUUAUGUGAAUCCUCAUGGAUAUGUGCAUGAGACACUGACCGUGUAUAAGGCGUGCAACUUGAACCUCAUAGGCCGGCCUUCUACCGAGCACAGCUGGUUUCCUGGGUAUGCUUGGACUAUCGCCCAGUGUAGGAUCUGUGCAAGCCAUAUUGGAUGGAAAUUUACGGCCACCAAAAAAGACAUGUCACCUCAAAAAUUUUGGGGUUUGACUCGAUCUGCUCUGCUGCCCACUAUCCCAGACACUGAAGAUGAGAUAAGCCCCGACAAAGUAAUACUUUGCUUAUAAACAAAUGCAGUAGAGAUAAAGUUAAUAUUUAUUAAGUUGGUCUUGUAAAAUCAGAUCUGCUUUGGAAAUUACUGCAUUUGAUGCAUACCCAAGUAAAAAGCAACAUUACAUGGAAGGUUGCAGUUUCUUAGUCAAAAGGUAUUUGAAGUUUUAAAUUAAAAUAUACUAUUGAAAGGAUGAAAAACAGUCUAGAAAACUUGGUUUUUAGGAAUAUCUACCUUAGUACCUUGGUAUCCUUAUAGUCUGGCCUGCUAGGACAUGAAGACCUCUCUGGAAGGGAGGAGAUGGGUUUCCUGCACAAACUUACUUGUAAUUCCUCUAACACGAGGUUAGCCACUUGCUCAUGAUACAUGGAACCAACAGCAAGUUCUUACCUGUGCUCUGACAGAAGUUCCCAAAGCUAGGGUGCCAAAUACAAGGUCCUUUAAUUUUCUUGAGUUUCUCUCAUACUGAUUUGUAAAUUUUGAAAAUAUUAAAGAGUUAAAAUAUA